UCAAAAAAACAAUAAACAUUUCUUCAAAUUAUUCUUUUUUUUUGUUUUUCAACAGAGUAGUUUUUACACAGGACUAAAUCAUGAGAACUAUGCCUUGUAUUAACGUGUUGUCACUGAUGGCAGUCCUAGUUUUCUUCGAGUUGUUUUCUCCGACUGUUUCCAGAGUGGUAAAGCCAUUAGGUGCCAUAUAUUGUCCCAAUAGCUAUAUCGAAGUACGACAGAGUCAGGAAGGCACCGAACCCAGUGGAAUUCCACUUUUCGCAGUGGAGAUUUCGAACAAUUGCCCCAGUGGAUGUGAAAUUUCCAAUAUUCAUAUUGCUUGCGGCCAGUUCAGUUCUGACAUUCUGGUUAAUCCUAACACAUUCAAGCGUAUCAAGAUUGGCGAUUGCCUUGUUAACAAUGGACAACCAUUGGCUGCUGGUGCUGUUGUCUCCUUCAAGUAUGCCCAGACUUCUCAAAUCCCGCUGAGUGUUUUGUCCAUAGUAUGCUCCAAGUGAGGCAGUUGCUAAUUGUCGCAUGGUUAUAAAAAGGAGUUAUGCUUAGUAUAAAUUGUUAGUGGCUAU